AUGCGUGAAGAGCAGUUAAGUGAGCCACUGGACGAGUGGCUCACCCGAAGUGUCUACAAUUUGAGUGUAUUCGAAGACCGUCGUGUUUUAGUGGUUGCUAUAAUAGGCAAAGAGUGUCGACAACACUCCAAAUCUCAACCUAUUAAUGCAUUUCUGCAAAAUAACGUCUUUUUAUCGACCUAUCGUCGAAAUCAGACGUCAAGCACCUCAAUAGAUGCAUUCUAUGCGGCUGAUAUAUCGACAGUAUUUUUGAGAUUGAACGGGUAUGGAGAUGUGGAAGCGUUGGAGCAAGCCUUUAUGAAACCAACGCAGAAAACAGACAAUGGUGGCAGUGGCUUUUUCGAGAGGAUCGCAGUGCUGGAGCGUGAUUAUAUUCGGGCACUGACUUUUCUCCUAUGUGUUUCACACGUGCUCCUGCAUUUGGAACCAUGUUGCCGUUUCGAUCUGACCCUGUGUCAAUUUCUAAAGAAGGCCAACGAGCUGCGCCUGUCUGUACGCGAAGAACUGUGUGUGGCUUUGGGAAAGCUUUCGGCCGCGAAUUGCCCACGGGAAUGGGCAAUCGAAGGCCGACUGGCCAGGCCAAGAUUGUUGUUUGCGUUCCAUCGAAGCCCGUUGCGUACGGAUUUGGGUGCUGUUAAACGAAAAGAGUUAAUGACAAAGCUGGAACAGAAUCUAGAGAAUCAGAUAUUUAAUGUGUUGAGACUAUAUAAAUUGAUCGCACAUUCAAAUAAGAGUUAUAAUUGUGUGUCGAUACCUUGCGAGGGUACACCUUUUGUAUAUGUUUUUACGCAGAAUCGUGACGAUUCAACGGCGCAGGAUUAUAUUCGCGAGAUGGUCUCGCAUUUAAUCUUGACAACGACUAGCAGCUCUUCGGAUGACGGGGGAGCUGGAGCUCCAGGUGGAGCCGGAGCCGGAGCUGCUGGUUCGGGUAAAGAUACGACGGGUAAUGUGAAUGGUAAUGAUUUGGAGACUGGGGCAGCAGGUGAGAUCAGUGGUAUUGUGAAGAAAAAACGUGCAGCAGCAGCAAAUACGGCAGCGUUCAGUGAAUUCAGCCUAUUUUUGAAAGGAAGCCUGGACGAGAUACGACACGAACCCGAUAAAGGAGUGGUCUAUGAGGUACCGAAACUGAAAGCGUUCUUAAUCUGCACCAAACUGAUCUACGAUCGAUUGAUGAUGCGAUCAGAUCACAACGGUGGUGAUCAGCGGGUGUCGUUGCUGAGUGAUGAUCAGAUCGGCGAGCUGUCGAAUAUCGAGCUGCAAUUCAUGCGCAUGAUGCGACCGAGCUAUAUUGGCGCGGCAAAGUCGACGUACACGUAUCGUGAUGCGCGGGAACUGGAGAAAUGUAAGCCGUUGCGAUAUACGAAGCGGGAACAUCAAAUUAAGUUACAACGUGCUAUCGAAAAACUGGAAGCCGUCUAUCACGGUAGUGAUCUGGAGAAGGCAAAAGCGGAGCUGAUCGAAGAGUGUGAAGCAAUUUGGGCUACGCAGAAGGCCUGUGAGCAGAUUUCGCUGACCGGAAACGAAUGUACCCAGCCCGUGCAUGCCGGACCGGAAACGGUGUCGGUGCCGGCCUCGAAGCGGACGCUGCACUCGAGUGCCGCCAGAUUCUUGAGUACCUGCAACUGUGGUCACUCACAACUGCUGCGGAAUGACCCUUUUACUUUAAAAGAAGCGAACUUUGACUUCUAUCAAGCCCCGCAGUUUAUUUCGUCGUGUUGUAGUGAACUGGAGAGUUAUAAGUUUGCGGUGUUUGAGGUGACAAUGAUGGAUGUGAAGAUGCGGAUGAGAGCGAAAGGUGUGGUGGGUAGUGGUGAUAAGAGACGGGCUGAUAAGGGUGGUACUGAUAAGGAUUUGGAUUUGGGAGAGGCUGGUGAGCUAGGGAACAAGGAGGAGACGGACGAGGCCGGUUUGUGGGCGGCGGUAGCCGGGUUGCCGGGUUUGGUGACUUCAGAGAGCGGAAAUCGGGCUGCUGCUGCAGCUCGACUGGUGCUCUCUGAACGAGUUGCGAGGCGUGGAAGCAGCAGUCUGAAUUCGGCAGAUGAAGCGACGGAAUAUCGGUAUGUGUAUGAUGAGUACGGCGGGUACGAUGAUGAGGUUGAGGAGGGCCAACGAGAGCCUGAGCGAUCAUCUGAAGAGGACGGUGCGGGUGCGGGUAUUACUGCUGCUGCGGUUGGGCAAGUAAGUGAACGCUUCCCAGCGUUUGGAGCAGACACUAGGAGCCGGGAAGUUGAAGCUGAGGUGAAUCGACGAGGAGGCCACCAGACUCAGGCUCGACUUAAAGGUGGUGAUAUUGCGGCGGAAGCAGCGGAAGGAACGGAAGAGGAAGAUAUUGAAAUGUUGCUGGAUCGUGAUAAUCGUCUAGAGUCAUCCUCGGAUGGUGGUGGUGGAGGUAAUGAGGACGAGGAUGAGGAGGUGACUGAUAACGCUGCUGAUAACAGUGAUAACGUCGAGAGUGAUAAGGAUUCACUGGAUUUAAAUGAGACGGCGGCGUUCAUGAAUCGGCGGCUGCUAGGAGCGCGAAAUUUGGGCAAGCGAAGAGUAGCGGACAGUAGAGGUUUGGAUGCGGAGGGCGAGGAUGAGGAUGAGGAUGCUGAUAACGGAGCUACUGAUAAGAGCACUGAUAAGGACAGGUGUGGCGCUGAUGAACCAAGUGAUAAGGAUGGAGCUGGAACUAUGGCUGUGGCUGCGGCUGCGGCUGGUGGUGAUAAGGAUGAAGGCGCAGGCGCAGGUGCGGUUAGACCAAAAUCGAGAGCCUCGCGGAUGAUUCGAACACGAGCGCAUAUGGAUGACUAUGAACUGAAUAAUAGUUCUGAGACGUUGCUGUCUUCGCUCUCCGGGUCGAAUCUAUCGUCCGCAUCGCGACGAAGUAGUUUAGAGGUGGCUGGAGAGGAAGAGGAGGAAGGUGGCGAGAAUUCCAGUGAUGAUAGUGAAACUAAGAUGGUGGAAGACGGGCAUUCGGCUCGAGGUCGGGCCGGAGCUGGAGUUGGAGCUGGCUCCGGAGUUUCUCAUGAACAGGAGCCGGGAAGCAGUUAUUUGGACGAUGACGACGUGCAGUUGCGAGAGAAUCCGUCUAGUGAAUUGAAUGAAAAUGAUGAGCGGCUGCGGAAUGCGGUGGUGGAAUUUGAGGAGUUCGUGGCGUUGAUGCGACGAUAUUUUAGAGGUUUUGUUUUGUUUUCGAAAGGUUUUUGCAAAAAUGUAAUUUGCACCACAAAAAAUGUAAUUUCAGGUCUUUUUUUCGAAUGGAAUCUGAUUUCAGGUCAAUUUUUGGAGUGUUUGCCGAAUUCGGACUCUCCGUCGGCGCUUCUACCACUCUACCCGUCAUGGUCUCUGGUGUGUUUGGGACCGUCGAGUAUCUACAGUCACAAAGCGGGUAUACGCGAUCAGCCGAAUUUCAAGAACGGCACGCAAUAUCUACUGCCCUGGGAUGUGUAUCUAAUGGUCGAUAUGGAGCUGUGGGAUUUGGACAUGAAGGAGAUUUUGAACUAUGACACGACGCUAUCGGGAAGCCAUCACCAUCGCACCCCGCGGAGACAUCAUUUGAAAGCGACGAGUGGAAUCGGAUGCCCGACUAGCGGAGGAUCAGCCGGCGGCGGUCUUCUAUCGACAAUGAAUCGAGAGAAAGUCAAGUUGUUUGUGGGUUUUGAAUAUGAAUGUCCACGUGGUCAUCGUUUUAUGAUCGAGAAAGCGAACUCUCCAAUGCGUGCCUCGUCUGCGAACUCCAAGGAGAUGGGAGCGGAGCUUCUGCGGUCGGAGAUUCCCGUCUGGAUGCAUUGUACGUGUCGUCGGUCGCCUCAAGUGAGUGCGCAGUUGAUGCGCAUUCAUAUAGUGACGCCAAAGGCACCAGUGACGGUGACGCUCGACCCCAGGGUGCAACCGUCGGCCUCGCCGAACGGCUGUAUUUUCGGCACCGGCGAGGAGCCGAUCAGGCUGGAAUUCGCCAAGUAUUACGUGCUGAGGCUGCCAUAUGUCUACGCGGGACCUCAAGGAGUGGUCAGAAGGCCCCAGGAGCCCGUGGUCAUGGGCAAAUUGCUACCCGAGUCGAUUCGGGUAGAGUAUGUACCAGUGAGCAGCAGCAGGAAAUUUGAGAAUGUAGUGGGUGAAUUGUAG